AUGAUUCUGAAGACGCUCGUUCUCGACAUGGAAUUCUGCGAUGACAACACGAUAAUCACUUCUAGUCUGCUAUAUAUCGCACCUUACGGCGCCUCAGCUUUCCCUCCCUCUUUCCGCUCUCCAGCGCCAUCUCUCUUACUCAACGUCCCCGCCCAUCAGCAAACAGCAAUUUGUCAAACCCGUGAACACGGGACUGUCCGGGGUCUUGGCGUGGCACAGACCCCGGUUGAUCAACGCAGUCUCAAACUGCAACCACCACCACCCACAUUCCCAUCACACGCCCCUCGUUUCCUCCCUACGACCCGCAAGGUCCCACCGACCUUGUUCUUUUUAUACAUAAUCCCUCCGCCCCUCCCUUUGUCACUUCCCUCCUUCUUUCGUUUUCUUACGACCCAAGGACGCCUUUACGACUUAGACGAACGAGCUAGACUGACUACACAGACAGAAAGAGACGGCCACACCGGACCUUGA